AUGUCGAAGAAGGCAGGAAAAAAAGCGAAGGUCAAGGUGCCAGAGAUCGACCCAAAUUCGCCAGAAUGGAUCGAGGAGGUUGCUCGGAAGCAAAGCGAAGCAUACGGCAUGGUGCAGCGAGCCAUGACCCGGAGCCAGAUCGAAGUGGUGCUAACCACCCGAGACAACUUGGUGAUCCAAAGGGCGGAACUUGAAACCAAGGCCAAGCAGCAGUCGCAGGACCAGAGCGACAUCUACCAGUACCUUCGAAACAAACUCAAAGACAAUUACGUCGCAAUCGCCGAGCUCGAAGCUCAGAUACGGCUGGGGGAGAAACUGGGGACCCUCGACGUCGAGCUUACGGCUAUCAAAGAAUACCAAGAAAACUCACAAAUCUACGAGCAGACGUUGAAAGACAUGGAGGCCAAAAUCGCUGGCUGCAAGGACGCCUUCAAUGAAGAGAUGGCCUUACUAAACUCCCAGCUUGAGGAGGAGUGGGAAACUGGCCGCCGAGACAAAGAGGAGCGGCGGAAGAUCACGAAAAAGGCUGCGGCGAAGGCUACCCAAGAGCAGCUGGGCCCCCGGACAAAACACAGAAUCGCCCAGAACAAGAAGAUGAUGUCGGAGCUCCGUUUCCAGUGCUUUGAGGUGGAGAAAAUGUACCGCGCCCGGCAAGGCCUGAUGGAGUCGAACACUCUUCUGCUGGCAAAAUCGGCGUCAGCGCGGCACCGCGUGGAGGAAUUGGCCCGCCGCAGCCACUUGUUGCAAAGGAUUAUCCGCUACAUGCACCAGAAGCUCCAAAAGCGAGGCGCAUGCCUGGAUGACGGAAGUAUCGGACCUAACAGUGCACCAGAAGACGUUGAUGACUGCGAGCGGCCAGGGGCAUCGCCUGAGAUAGGUGGGCAUGCAGCCCGCGCUGGAAGAAGAAGUGGGAGUCGAGGUCGGCACAGUGGAACCGUGUACAGGCUGGCGGGCAUGUCUGAGGAGGAACGGCAACAGAUGUUGGACCUUCGAGAAGAGCUCCGACGGGAGGAGGUCGCUAUUGCGGCUGCGCAGACUCUGGUGGGGGAAAUGAGCGAAAACAUACGCAGGGCUGAGGAAGAGAGGUCCCGAAGACUAGCUCUGAAGGGAGACCUCGCGAGAGUGCUGGCAUUGUGUCACGAAGACCCUUUGGUAGGAGCCAACGGGGAGAAAGGACUGCAGACAGAAAGCGGCGGAAAAAGCUUCGACCGGACCGGCCGUCUUGACCCUCAGCCAAUACCAGUCCCAAAAAGAUCAACAUUGCUAUAUCUCCAAGACGCCAAUGGCUCAGAGUUGUUGCCUGCGACUCUAUUGCACAGCUCGGAUCUGCCAGUGGGUUCAACCAAUGAUGGCAGCGGUCUAGCUGAUGAUCACGGCGUAGAAAUGGGUGAGGGUUCUGUUAGUACGGUGCUCCUGCCAGCGAUCGGCCCCACCAGGUUAUCGCGGCAACCCCAAGAUUGGGAACUGGAGAACAACGAACACGAUCAACAGCGGGUACCACAGCGGCAGCUACAACAGCAUCAACUCCAACCGCAUCAACACGAACACAUGGCGCUGGAGGUACCCUCCCGCGGGGCGGAUGGAACAGAGGGAGAUGACGCCAUCGAGUCAAGUCGAGGAAACCGUAGGGGAGGUAUGAGGGAGAAACUCGCGUUGUGGCCGGAGUUUACGAUUGUGCCCCACACUGCUGGAGUCGGCAGGCCACCCCGUGAGGGCGGCGAUAUCGCAUACAGCGAAGAACGACCAUGGGAAGGGACAACCAGCUGCAUUGAUGCUGAGGUGUUGAAAGCGGUGGCGAGACUUCUUCUGUCCAAGCUGCAGAUCUCCGUGGAGGCAAUCACACCAAGGCUAGCAUCCCCCCGCACCCAAGCCGUGGGUUUCCCGUCUUUGACGGAACGGGCGACCUUGGACGGCGGCGGUGCCAGGGCCGAAAGCGGCGUUGACAUGGGAGACCGACAGCUAAGAAACUCCAGAAGGGGCCCCAGACGGAGCAGGGAAAGCACUAGAACGGCGAGGCGACACGGGGCCGGCAACGGUACCUCCGCUUGUAGCAGCCGUGGACAACGUCGUCGCGAUGGGCGCGGCGGCACUCUGUCUGGUGAUCAGUACGAGGAAGGCGUGUCCAGGGAGGGCGGGCGCGAUCGCGGCGUUGGCAGGAGCAGGUCGGGAGCGCCGGACGAUGCUACGAGUAUCUGGUCGGGGUGGCAUACCACGGGGAUUCCAUCGUGGGACAUUCUUACGGGGGUGGGAUCGUCCACGGCGCUAUUGUCCGAGGUGGCGCCCGUGGCGGCGACGCGCAUGGAAUGA